AUCGGCGGCGGCGACGCAGCCGGGGCUGCCGGUAGCCAAUCGGCGCGCGGCUUAGUGACCGCAGGGGAGGGGAGCGGGCAAGAUGGCGGCGCCGGGAGAGGCGGCGGUUCCGUCGCAGCCCGAGGUGGCCGCGGGCUCCGCCGCCGUGGUGCUGCCGGAGCGGCUGCAGCGCCGGGAAGCGGAGCGGCAGCAGGGCGUGGAGCGGCAGCGGCAGAAGAAGGAGGCGCAGGUGGUGAAGGAGGAGCAGAGCGAGUUCUUCCUGGCCGCCUUCGCCCGGGAGCGGGAGGCCGUGGAGGGGCUGCUGGCGGCGGGGGCGCUGGAGGAGGCGGCCGGCCGCCUGCAGGCGCUGCAGAAGCUGCUGACGGGCAGCGUGCGGUUCCUUGCGCCCUACGAGGUGCGGCAGGGGCAGGAGGCCGUUGCGCGGCUUCAGGGGGACUUGGCGGCGCGGAGGCAGCAGCUGCAGCCCAAGAAGAAAUUCGCCUUCCGUGCCCUCAAGAAAGAAGCGGCCCCGGGCAGCGCCCCGCGCCUCGCCGAGCCCGCCCCGCCGGCUCCCGCCGCGCCCGGGCCCGGCUUGGCCGAGGGGGAGCCGGGCGGGGAGCCGCUGUGCGGGUUCAACGGUGCCCAGGACGAGGAGCUGGAGCUCGGCCCCGCGGAGCUGCGGCAGCGGGACGUGCUGUUGUCGGAGCUGCGCGGCUGCCGGGUGCGGCUCCGCGGCAACCCCAACACGCUGCGGGUGCGCGACUGCCGUGGCUGCACCGUGCUCUGCGGGCCCGUGUCUACCUCCGUGCUGGUGGACGGCUGCAGCGACUGCCUUCUGACGCUGGCCUGCCAGCAGCUCCGCACACACCGCACCCGCGGCUGCCGCUUCUACGUGCAGGUGACCAGCCGGGCCGUCAUCGAGGGCUGCUCUGAGGUCUCCUUCGCCCCCUACUACUGGAGCUACCCGGGUAUCGAGAGGGAUUUCGAGUCGUCCGGGCUGGACAGAGACAGUAACAACUGGAACCUGGUGGAUGACUUUGACUGGCUGGCGACUGACAAGCCUUCGCCCAACUGGAGCCUGAUCCCCGAGCAGGAAAGAAUCACUUGCUGGGACUGACUGCGGAGGCAGCUCUGUGCUGUGGAAGAGAUCCUGCUGUAAACGCAUGGAUUCACAAACUGCGGGACUCGAUCCCCACUAUGCCAUUAAAUGAUUCCGUUUGGUAUUUAAGUUGUGAA